AUGUGGAUUGUCUCGUUCUGGGUGUUUCCGGUCAUUUCGGCCUGCAUGUGGGUUGCAAUGUUGAUUGCCAUGCUCGUUACAUGGGUCAGAGAUGGCAAACCCAUCUACCCGUGUAUGCUUAACGCCGAUGGCACCACGGACGGCCAAACUGUUGCAUACAUCUCUGACGUGGGUGCCUAUGGAGCACAGCCUCUUUUCAUUACCGGGAGUGUAAUCACGGUUGUGUUCCUGGAUUUGGCCUUGUUGUCAGAGCGCUGGCUGCGACACUCGGGUCAGCUUGUGCCAAACAAGGGCGUGUUCGACAAGCUCUGCUCUAUCUCAUCCAUCUUCUUUGCCGUUGCUGGUGCACUUGGGUUAAUCCUCUUGUCUAUUUUCGACACAGCGCAAUAUCCGCAUUUGCAUGACGGGUUCCUGGUCAUGUUCAUUGGUGGAUACCUGAUCAGCGCAAUUCUGAUUUGUGCCGAAUAUUUGCACAUGGGACUCUUCUACCGACCUCAGCAUCGCAUUCUACUGGUCAGCUUCUUUAUCAAGCUUAGCUUUGUGAUCAUUGAGAUUGCCCUCGCCAUCGCCUUUGGUGUCUGCAUGGAGAGCAGCAACCGUGCAAACAAGAACCCCGGUGCUAUCAUUGAAUGGGUGAUUGCCUUUGUCUUCACUGGCUACGUUCUUUCGUUCAUCAUUGAUUUGUUGCCAUCGGUCCGCACCCGGAGACAUCUGCCUCAGGGAGAGAAGCGGUCUGCUAUGUCUGCUUCUCAAACCGAUGACGAUGUCCCGCAGGCCUCUUUAGAAGAGCCCCUGACUGUUGACUCGGCCAACUAUUACCGUGGUCAGCGUGUCUAA